AUACCCCGUUGCUUGGGUGCAUGUCCUGCCUCCUUCCUGCAGUAAUCUCUGCAAGCAACAUGACAUUUAUCCUCCUGCGAAGUCUUUGGGGCCUGCAGAGCUGCAGCACCCAAUUCCCAUCCCAGCACGAUGCCGGUGCACUACGUGACGUACAAAGGCAUUAAAUUCCCUCCAGCCUACAACUCUGAGCACAGCUUGAGUUUUGCCCACAACGAGUUCCUGGUGCGGGACGACGACGUCUUCAACAUCACCUACCCUAAAUCUGGCACCGUGUGGAUGACUGAGAUCCUGAGCCUCAUUCGCAGCCAAGGCCACCCCAGCUGGAACCAAACUGUCCUCAAUUCUGACCGCAUGCCUUGGUUCUCAACCUGCCUGGGUCUGGAGGCAGCCCUCAGCUACCCCUCACCUCGCCUGCUGACCUGCCACCUCCCCAGGCACAUCUUCCCCAAGUCUUUCUCCCAUUCCACUGCCAAGGUGGGAUCAUAG